AUGGCGAUCGCCAAGAGCCAAGAUAGUGAUUCCGACGCGGUUUCGCAGAUCAACAUGCCACCCGACGGGGAGAAGGGCCAGGCAACGCCGCCCGCAAGCGACGGCGAGCCGGCCCAAGGGGUUGCGGCAGAGCUGGUCAUGGACCAGGGCGUUGCCGCCUGGCUUCAGGUCCUCGGAAGCUGGAUCCUCUUCGCCAACACCUGGGGCCUCUCCAAUUCGUUUGGCGUCUUCCAGGCCUACUACUCCAACGAGCUCCUCCCGGACACCAACCCCUCGACCAUUGCGUGGAUCGGCUCUAUCCAGAUCUUCUUGAUGAUGCUCAUCGGCGUGUGUGCCGGCUGGCUUCUCGACGCGGGCUACCUCCGCUUCAUCCUCGUCUGCGGCACCACCAUGACGUCCCUGGGUCUCUUCAUGCUCAGCCUGUGCACGCAGUACUGGCAGAUUCUCCUUGCGCAGGCCUUCUGCGUCGGCAUGGGCAGCGGCCUGUUGGGACUGACGUGCGUUGCCGUGAUCCCGCUCUACUUCCAGCGGAGGAGGAUGGUCGCUACGGGGAUCGCUGCUACGGGUAGCAGUUUGGCGGGAAUCGUCUAUCCCAUCAUGGAACGGCGGCUUAUCGCCUCCAUCGGGUUCCCUUGGGCCGUGAGGGUGUUUGCGUUCAUCGUGACGGGCAGUCUGCUGGUCUGCAUCGCCAUCAUGCGCCUCCGGCCGAACCUCAAGCGCCGCGGUGCCCUCUUCCGCCUGAAGCACUUCCAGGACGUCCCCUACGUAACUUUUUGCAUCGCCUUCGCGUUAAUGAUCGGCUCCGUCUACGUCCCCUUCUUCUAUGUUGACGCCUACGCCAUCCGCCUCGGCGUCGACCCGGACACGUCCUUUUACAUCCUCAGCGCCAUGAACGCCGCCAGCCUGUUUGGCCGCCUGGCCCCGAACUGGCUGGCCGACAAAUACGGCGGCAUGACCAUUAUGCUGCCCUGCUGCCUUGGCUCUGCCGUCGUUCUCUUCCUCUUCCGCUUCGCGCACGACCUGCCGGGCCUCGUCGCCGUCUCAAUCGUCUACGGCUUUGUCUCGGGCGGCAUGGUCUCGCUGCCGCCGGCGACGAUUGCGAACCUGACGGACGACCUUUCCGAGUACGGCACGAGGAUGGGCAUGGGGUACACGAUCGCGAGCAUCGGGGCGCUGAUCGGGAACCCCAUCGGCGGUGCGGCGCAGAAGCCGCGGGGAGACGGGGCGGCCGAGGUGCAGAGGGAGUUCCAGGGCACCUGGAUCUUUGCCGGAGGGUUCAUGCUCGCGGCCGUCAUGUCGAUGGUGGUUUCGAAGCGCUUACGGGUUGGAUCGGUCCUGAGGGGGAAGUGCUAG